AGGCAGCGAGCUGUUCUGCAAACGCGGCGAAUGAUGGCUUAGUCGAGGAGAAGGAGGAUGAGCUCCCUAUAGCGCCUCCCGAUCAGGCCGCCUCAUCCCAGGCUGAUGUGGUCCAGUCGAGGCAGGAUAAUAUUGUUGAGCACGUCGAGCUACCGAUAGCAGCAUUCUCGUCGGUGGACGAUGGUCCUGCUAGGGAGGCGGCUG